GGUUUAUUUUUAAGAGGUGUACGAUAGCCAUGUCAAUCUCCAAAUUUCUUCUUAUUACUAUGGUUUUAAUUUCUCUAUUUGUUGUUCGUCUUGUGGAAGCUGAUGAUGAUGAUAACAACCAAGUGGUGAAUACGGCUGCACCAGAGGGUGCUUACACCCCUACUUACAUCCCUACAUUAGAUUGUGGAGCAGCAUGUGAGGGAAGAUGUCGUCUAGCAUCAAGGCAGAAAAUGUGCUUGAGAGCUUGUGGGACUUGCUGCGCUCGUUGUAACUGUGUGCCUCCUGGCACCUCUGGAAACCAAGAGCUUUGCCCUUGUUACCAUGACAUGCUCACCCAUCAUGGCAAGCGCAAGUGCCCCUAAAUAUAUAUAGUAAUAUAUGUAUAUAAAAAAAAAACUUUAAGAAGUAUACGUAGUUUAGGGGGGGGAUCUAAAUAAAACGCGUUAAAUUUAAGGUGGUCUUUAUGUAUUAUACUUAAUUUUUAUCGACUUAAAAAAUUAUGAUUUUUUUCCCCAUGUUCACCUAUAUAUGAUUGCAUGCGCUAGAUGAUGAUCAAUGUCAUUCGUGUAAUCUUGUCCCUAUUUUGUGCACGUAUCAUAUUAUGUUUCUUUGGCAAGUUGCUAC